GAGCCAACAGCUCAGCACAACUCCCCAUCAGGCUACCUGCCUCUCCAGCGCUCAUUUCUGCGUCUCCUGCGCCGUUCAGCAGCCGACUGAACACGUUUACAGCUUCGUCCGCGUCUUGAUUACCUGCUGCAACAUGGGGAGCGACGAGAAAGCCGUAGCCAAGACUGCGGAGAAGGAAACUGCCGGCCAGAAGCGUAAGGCUCCGGAAGGCGCGAAGAUCACGUCGUUCUUCAAGCCUGGGGACAAGGAAGAGGAGACCCCCAAGGGCAAGACGGAGGCUAAGAAGGAGACGGAGAAGGAAUUCAAGGACGAUGACGAUGACGAAGACGAUGAGGACGCUGAGGAGGAAGGAGACGACGACGAUGAGGAGGUCGAUAGCGACGAAGAGGACAUGGCGCCCAAGAAGAAGAAGCGGCGGACGCGCGCCAGUGACAGCGACGACAGUGGCGACGAGUCGGAGCCUGAUCUCAAGAUGACUGAAGACGAUCUGAUUGGUGUCGACACGUCCAACAUCAUCCCACGCUCACGACGUCGUGCUGCGGCGGCUGCCAUGGUUUUGGCCUCGGAGGAGAUCGCUGCUGCUAAGGGCGUCGCACCUGCUGCUGCUGCAGCGAACGGGGACGAUGAUGAUGACGGCGAGUCUAGCGACGAGGCCGAAUUCUAAGUGGAGGCAACGGAUGCUGCUUCACAUUUGAGAUAUACCCUUUUCAAGCAUUGCUCUUAUCUAUCUAUUGGAGUGACUCUUUCGCUACCUA